UUUAAAAAAUCUGAUCCAGUGACCGAGAAGAUUUAGAUUUUGGAGACUGGCCAUUACUCCUUGGUGACAAUCUCUUUAUUUUGGUCUAUAGUUGCCCUAACUAAUUACAUUUUGCCAUUUGUGCAGCCAUCAAGCUGAUAGACGGUGAGGGAAGUCUAUUUUGACAUGGACACUAUUAGGCUUUCCGACGAAUAGACAGAGCCGAAGGCCACAGGCCAGGGGCGAAAGGAGAUUAUCAAUGAUAGUGAGCAAUGUCAAUGCGCCACCUUCCACUAACUGACCCUCUUUGCAUGCGCAUUUGAUAACUUUUUAAUUGUAAAACGGAAAGACAACUUUCUACUCCUCCACUCAAAUGCAAAACAAACCCAUUAUUUGUUUAAUGUUACUUUAAAGAUAUGUAUGUAUGUACGUAUGUUACCCCUGCUCCUUUUACAACCAAACAACCAACUCUCUUGGUCUCAUAUAUUAUCUCGUCUCUCUUGCUAAUAACCCCAUAGCCCAUAGCCUAUAGACCAUAACUCUUCUUGGCUCUAAUUUUUUUGAAGCUAAAUAUGGGAAAUUGUUGGGCUUUGCUUAGACCAAGUGAAGGAUCUCGCCUGAUCGGAGCUGUCAACACUAAGCCCGAUCAGAAAGUUUUGCAGGUGGUGAAGAUGGAUGGAAAGAUAUUAGAGUUCAGAGCACCAGUUCUUGUUAAAGAUGUCUUGGUGAAGUUCUCAGGCUCGGGUAUCGGUUUAUCAAAGACGGUUGCACAGCAUCUGCCGCUUAACUACGAGUUGAAGAUGGGGAAGGUUUACUACAUUCUUCCUUCAGUUGAUGAUCCUGUUAGAGCUCCCACUCCUGAAAGUAAUUCUGAUUCAUCUGUGGCUGACACACAACAAACCGGAGGUGUCAAGAGAAUAAAAGUUGUUAUAACAAAGCAAGAGCUUCAUCAAUUGUUGACGAAGCAACUAUCGGUGGAGGAGGUUCUUGCAUGCCUUGAGAAAAGAAAUGGUAAUUUUGUUGUAUCUCCAAGAAAUUGGAAGCCAAAGCUCGAAUCCAUAUCGGAAGAAAACGAGCAAUUAUUAAAAAAGUAACUAGAUUUU